AAUCCCUAAUUCUCUCCCCAUCAAUCUCAGCUUCCCUCUUGGACUCAUUGACAUCGUUGCCCAAAUUGAUCGUCGUCGGUACAUCGCCCAAAUUUAUCGUCGUCAUCGGUACAUCACAGCUUCUCCAUCAUCGUCGAUACAUCCCAGCUUCCCUCCUGAAGGCACUAUUGUCGUCCCUCCCCUCCCGUCGAUACAUCACAUCUACUGCUCCUUUAUUCUUGCUCUUCUUCAAGAUCUGCAUUUUCCAUUCUCCAGGUAUAAUAGGUACAAUAUGCAUUCUGAUAGAGGUUGGAUGUAUGCAAGACUAAAAGAUGGUCUACUAAAUCCUUUAUUCCUUGAAGGAUUAAAUGAAUUCAUAUCAGCUGCCAAACAGUUUCCAGACUGUUUGAAUGGAGAACUUAUUAGGUGUCCAUGUAAUCGAUUUAAGUGCCAAAAUCGCAGUUUUGAAGAUGAGAGUACAGUUAGGUUUCAUCUGAUGAAAUAUGGGUUUGUUAGGGACUAUUAUGUAUGGUAUUUGCAUGGAGAAAUGCAAACCUACAAUGAGGUCCACGGGAGAAGUAAUGAUUCGACUUACAACACUUGCAAUGUGGAAUAUCAACAUACUGAGUUCUCUAAUGCUUAUGAACAACUAGUUGUAGAUGCAGCAGGACCGAGUUUCUCCCCAUCAAUUAGUAAUGAGCCUCCAAAUCAAUCUACUCAGAGAUUGUAUGACAUGUUGGCUGCUGUUAAUUAGGAAUUGUGGCCAGGUUGUGAAAAUCAUUCACAACUGUCAGCUGUGGCAAGGAUAUUGAAUAUCAAAUCUGAACAUCAUUUGUCCGAACGUUGUUUUGACAAUAUUUGCCAAUUCAUCAAAGAGAUUUUACCUACUGAUAAUUUGUUUACUGAUAAUUUCUACUCUACAAAGAAAUUGCUUGAAGGCUUGGGAUUACCAAUCCAGAAGAUUCAUACUUGCUUAAAUGGUUGUAUGAUUUAUUGGGGUGAGGAUAAUGAAUUGCUCAGGUGCAAGGUGUGUGAUCAUCCGAGGUACAAACGAUUGCAAG